AUGAUGUUAAAAAAAAUAUAUAUAUUAAUUGUUAUUAUUUUGUAUAAUAUCACAUCCAUAAUUGUGGAAUCUGGGUGAUCUAGGAAGUUACAUAUAAGAUUACCAAAUGAAAAUGAUGAUUAUUUAGCUAAAUUAAUUGAUAUUUUUAAGGAUAUAUGCAACUACUCUGUAAAUAACAAAAAAACAAUUAAAAAAAUUAUAAUAGGAUCGUUGUUAUCAGCAUAUUCGAUUAAUUCAUUGUAUAAUUCCGGUGUUACCUUUAAAAAAAAUCCACAUUAUUCCUUUUUUAUUCCAUCAAACAAAUAUUUUAAAAAUGUUUUUAAAAUUAUAAAGAAAAAUUAUGAAAUAAAAAUGGACAAAUUUACAGAACAGAAAAUAUUUGAAAAAUAUUUUACCAAUGUUAAUGACUCAAAAAUUAUGGAAAUGUAUAUAAUGAAUAAUUUGAUAAACUUUUCAAAUUAUUUACCUGAAAAAAUAAAGAAUGAAAAAUUUUACAAAUUUUUAAAAUACAGAGAAUUUGAAAAUUUUGAAAACAUUUUUAGUCAUGUAAAGGUAUUAAAACAUGAACAAAUUUUUAUUUUUCAUGGGAAGCUAAAAAAAUAUUUUUGGUUACAUCUUCCUUUAAAAUACAAAAUAUUGAAAAAUGAUAAUGAUAUGUAUACAUUAAUUUUUAUUCCAUUAUACAAGAAUUACUCUAAUUAUAUAAUUGAAAUAAAAAUACAAAAAGAUAAAAGUAAUGUAAAAUUUGUAACAUAUAUCAAAAGUAAUGAAAAUGGUAAAAAGGCAAGCUCAUUUUAUAUAGAUGUAAUAAAAAAUAUUGCAGCAUAUAUAACCUAUGAUAUUUUUGAUGGAAUAGAUAAUAAUAUUAAAGUAUUAUAUAAAAGAAACACCAAACUUAGCAAGUUUAAUUUUAUCAAUUCAAAAAGACUACUAAAAAAAGAUAAAUUUAAAAUGAAGUUUAUAACCAUCCCCUUUUUAAAAUCACUUAAAUUUAGAAUUAAAUAA